CUGUACAGCCUGGGCAAGGAGACCCUGCUGGUGGACCUGGCGCUGGAGUUCAGGACCUGGGUGGUGGUGAGUCCCUGGCGCCUGGAGCAGAUGCGGCUGCUGGAGCUGCCCGAUGUCUUCACCGCGGAGGAGGGGGCCGGCUGGAUCCGAGCUGUGGAUGUCGGCGAGAUCCGCUGCGAUACCCUCACCAGCUGGAACAGGCUGCACCCCACCAUUGCCAUCCUCCCCACCGGCAGGCCCGUGAAGAUCACCCACCCCAACAUUCACCCCGUUCCGUACUCGGAUCACUCCUCCUUUUCAGAACUCUGCGAGUUUGUGAAGUGGCUGAAGCCUUGCUCCGUCAUUCCAAUUGUGAGGGGUGGCAUGUGCCAAACUUACUUUCAGAAAUACUUGUGUUCUGCCCCCCAGGCACUUCCUGACCUCAAAAUCCCAAAGCCUGUGCAAGAGUCUGAACAGCAGCAAAGGAAAAGGAAGGGCUGGGAACCCACGUGUCUCUUGAGAAAAGCUGCCCAGCGUUCAGCACCGCGAGGGGUGGUUUAUGAGUCCCCAGAGAAAUAUACUGAGGAAUCUGAAGAGUUCAGAACUGUUCAGGCUGCUCAGCAGAACUCCUGCAAGUCAGAUUUCUGCUUGAAAGGAGGUUCCAGUUGUUGUCACACAGGCAAGGAGAAAGGGAAGGAACAGCUGAGUGGAGAACAGCCAGGAGGAGCCAGUGCUGUCAGCCAGGCCCCCCUUCCUGAUGAGCACUUUCCAACUGGAUUUGCAGAGGAGUAUUUACUCAUUCCCUUAAAUGUGCUAAAGCAAUAUUCCUCACAGGCAUUUGACAAGCUGGUAGAAGAUUUCUUUAGGAGGGAAGAAGCAUCUUGA